AUGGCAUCUGACAUUAAAUCAUCAAAGUUACCACUAGCGAAAUCCCCUAAAAAAAGAAGACUCAAAAAAGAGAAAACAUCCGAUACCGAAGAAGAAAAGAAAUCGCGACGAAAAAAUACAACACCGAAGAAAGUUGUUAAAAAAAUAACUGUAUCUCAUCCUCCACCAAUCAAAUUAGAAGAACCGAUUCAUUGCGAUAACUGUUCGGAUUCCUAUUAUAAUCAUGUCGAUUUCGCUUUUCAUUCUAUUAAACACAGCGAGGACGGUAAAUUCACCUGUCAUAUUUGUAGCAAUUAUAGAAACGCUAAAAAAUAUAGUAUAGAAAUGCACGUUAGAGCUCACGAGGGUUCCACGAAGUUCAAAUGUGAAAUAUGCGGUAAAGCGUUCACCAUUAGUACCUACGCUAUCGAACAUAAAUAUUUCCAUACAGGCGAAAAGCCGUUUCAAUGUGAAAUAUGCGGGAAACACUUUAUGUUUUCUCGACAAUUAGCUUCCCAUCGACGAACCUCCCAUUACGAAAUCCUCACCGGUAGUCCUUUGGUAAAAUACGAUUGUAGCAUAUGCAAGAAGCAUUACGAAUCGGCGUUCGGUCUUAGACGUCACAAGAUGACCAUUCAUAAUAACGUCGAUUUAACGGUCAUAUGUGAAAUUUGUGGAAAAACUAUUUCCACUAAAGAGAAACUUAAAUUUCAUAUGCGCACACAUACGGGUGAUAAGCCGUAUCCUUGUGAAGUAUGCGGGAAAUGUUUUUCUAAAAAACAUCAGAUGAUCGAACAUAUGCGCGUACAUACUGGAGAAAAACCAUAUAUUUGUCCCCAUUGUGGAAGGGGCUUUUCUCAGCGGACUCCGCUGGUGUUACACGUGCGUACCCAUACGGGGGAAAGACCAAACGUUUGUAGAAUUUGCGGAAGUGGAUUUAUUUCGAAAACGUCCUUAGAAGCGCACAUGAAAAAUUGUUUAAUACCGUUUCCUACGUAUCAAUAA